AUGACGGACGGCAACGGAGAAUCAUCGCAUUCUACAUUAAAGGAUGAAGGCAAUGUGGCUAAUGAAAAUGACCAGUCUUCGUCUGAUAUCUUACAUUCAAAAUUCGCUUGCUUUAAAGAGUUUCGAGAAACACCUGCUCCGACAGUCGGGGCAAAGAUAAAGAAAUAUUUUUAUGAUAAAGGAUUGGCCCAGAGACCCCAGUAUUUGGAAGAUAUAUAUAACAAGAAUCCAAGAUUUGUUUUUGUGAAUUAUGAACUUCCUGAAGACUUGAAGAACCACUAUGGGGGUCCUUUGAUAACCUUACCAAGAAACAAGAUCAGGACUACAAAGUAUACUCCAGUAUCAUUUUUACCAAAGAAUAUACUAUUCCAGUUCACCAAUGUCGCAAAUUCAUAUUUCUUGUUGGUUGUUAUAUUGGGUGCGUUCCAAAUUUUCGGAGUAGCUUCUCCAGGAAUGGCAGCCGUGCCUUUAAUCGUUAUUGUUUGUCUCACAGCUAUAAAAGAUGCAUUCGAAGACUAUAAGAGAGGUGCAAGUGAUUCGGAUUUGAAUAAUUCACCAAUCCACUUACUCAGUGGAUUGGAUAAUCCAAAUGUUGAAGUAGAUGACAUUGGGAAGUGGAGAAGAUUCAAGAAAAAAUGUACUAGAAUGAACAAAUCAUUUGCCAGGGGCGUGAAAAAAGGUUGGAUCUUUUGUUUUGGCUCUAAAAAAAUGAAAGCUAAUCUUCACAGAGAGCAGGUUGUUGAAGAAGAAAAUGCUUUACGAAGAGUUAGCACGGUCAUCUCAGAUUAUUCAUAUUUAACUAAUAGAAAUAGUACUACUUCAAGGAGAAAAUCACAUCAAUCGAACAGGCCACAUACAAAGCCACUUCCGAAUACCCUUCUCAAUCCAAGAUUGCAACAGGAGAAUCCUCCUCAUACAAAAUUCAAGAAUAGACGUUGGAAAGAUGUCAAUGUUGGGGAUUUCAUAAGAAUUAGAGCUAAUGAAGAGGUUCCCGCAGACGUUGUUAUAAUUUCCUGUUCUGAUCCCGAAGGUAAUUGUUACAUCGAAACAAAAAAUUUGGAUGGAGAGACAAAUUUAAAGACAAAAUCUUCCCUCCAGUGUGGUGGCCAGGGAAACUUGGGCCAUCUGAGUGAUUUAGGAAGCACUAAAUUUUGGAUUGAAUGUGACCCACCAAAUAGGCUGUUGUAUUCAUUCAAAGGAACUAUACACUACGAAAAUUAUAAUCAGCAAGGUACCUUAGUUAAUCCAGAUGAGAAAGAGCCUAUCACGAAUAGUAAUGUUUUACUAAGAGGUUGUAGCUUGAGAAAUACACUGUGGGUUAUUGGGGUUGUCUUAUAUACUGGUGCAGAAUCAAAAAUCAUGUUGAACUCUGGAAUAACGCCUACAAAGUCCUCAAGGAUUGCUAAGGAAUUAAAUUUCUCGGUAAUUCUAAAUUUCGUCUUGCUUUUCAUUCUAUGUUUCGUUUCAGGAUUAAUCAAUGGUUUGUUUUAUAACAAAAAAGAUGUUUCCAGGAUAUAUUAUGAUUUCCAGCCGUAUGCCUCAACGGCGGCAGCAAAUGGUGUAUUAUUAUUUUUCGUGACGUUGAUUAUAUAUCAGUCUUUGGUUCCAAUUUCGUUGUACAUCUCAAUCGAAAUUAUAAAGACUUUACAAGCCUUCUUCAUUUAUUCGGACAUUAAAAUGUAUUACGAGAAAUUGGAUUUCUGUUGUAUUCCAAAAGCUUGGAGUAUAUCUGACGACUUGGGUCAAAUUGAAUACAUUUUUAGUGAUAAAACAGGUACUUUGACUCAGAAUGUCAUGGAGUUCAAGAAAUGUACAAUUCUUGGUAAGUCUUAUGGUUUGGCCUAUACUGAAGCAAAGCAAGGUUUAGAUAAAAGAGAGGGGUUGGAUCCGAUAAAGGAAUCUCAGAAGUGGAAACUUCGUAUGGAUGAAGACAAGGAAGAUAUGGUUGAAAAUUUGACUAAGCUAUCUGAAAACGAUCAAUUCCGUGAAGAAAAUUUGACCUUCAUAUCUAAUGAUUACGUUGAAGAUGUUUUAUCGAAAGGUGAACAGGGACGUGCCGAUGAAGAAUUCAUGUUAGCCUUAGCGUUGUGUCAUACCGUUGCCACUGAAGAGGAUCCUCAAGACCCCGGGUUGAGAAUUUUUCAAGCAGAAUCUCCUGAUGAGGCAGCCUUAGUUUCAGUGGCCAGAGAUGUUGGUUUCGUCUUCAAAGAAAGGAUGAGAGGCUCCUUAAUACUUGAAAUCUAUGGCAAGACCUGUGAAUAUAAACUUUUGGAAAUUGUCCCUUUUUCAUCUGCGAGAAAAAGGAUGUCUUGCAUAGUUCAAACACCCGAGAACAAAGUAAUGCUUAUUACUAAGGGAGCAGAUAAUGUGAUAUUUCAAAGAUUGAAGCACGAUGCCAAUAUGGAAGAAAUAAUCCUGAAAACUGCUCUUCAUUUAGAAGAUUUUGCGAAGGAAGGCCUAAGAACCUUAUGUAUUGCCCAAAAAGAAUUAGAUCCAUCAGCAUUUGAUGAGUGGACUAAACGGUAUAAGGAGGCAUCUGCCUCGAUAGAAGAUGACAGAGAAGACAGGUUAGAAGAAUUGGCCGAAGAAAUAGAAAAUGGUUUGUCAUUAUUAGGAGGCACUGCAAUUGAAGAUAGAUUGCAACAAGGUGUCCCUGAAUCCAUUUCAAUUUUAGGUGAUGCGGGUAUCAAACUUUGGGUUUUGACUGGUGACAGAAUAGAAACUGCUAUUAAUAUUGGAUUUUCUUGUAACUUGCUAGAAACUGAGAUGAAAUUAUUAGUUGUCCGCCCUGAUGAGAGUAAUACUCCUGAAUAUAUUGAUGGCUUGUUGACUCAAUAUUUGGACGAAAAUUUCAAUAUUUCAGGAGAUUUUGAUAAAAAAAUCGAAGAAGCUAAAAAAGAUCAUUCAACUCCAUCUUCUAAGUAUGCUGUCAUUGUGGACGGCGCUGCUCUAAGCUUAAUUUUCGAUUUAGAGGAUUCAGCACUCGAAAAGAAGUUCCUUCUCUUAGGAAAGCAGUGCAAAUCUGUCAUUUGCUGCCGAGUGUCGCCUGCGCAAAAAGCCCAAGUUGUGCGAAUGGUUAAAGAUAAACUUGGAGUCAUGGCAUUGGCUAUUGGUGACGGGGCAAACGACGUCGCUAUGAUACAAGCUGCAAACGUUGGUGUUGGUAUUGCAGGUGAGGAGGGGAGACAAGCGGUCAUGUCUUCGGAUUACGCUAUAGGUCAAUUCAGAUUCUUGGUUAGACUCAUAUUGGUUCAUGGAAGAUGGUCAUAUAAGAGACUUGCAGAAAUGAUUCCUUGUUUCUUUUAUAAGAACGUGGUGUUUACCUUUACAUGUUUUUGGUACGGUAUCUUUAAUAAUUUUGAUGGAUCUUACCUUUACGAGUAUACCUAUCUUAUCUUUUAUAAUUUGGCUUUUACUUCUUUGCCUAUCAUCGUCUUGGCUGUUUUGGACCAAGAUGUGUCUGACUCUGUCUCCCUGUUGGUUCCUCAAUUAUACAGAACAGGUAUCUUGAGACUUGAAUGGUCACAAUACAAGUUCUUGUGGUAUAUGGCUGAUGGAAUUUUUCAAUCCGUUAUUUCAUUUUUCUUUCCCUAUUUAUUAUUCUAUGAAGCAUUUCAAAAUCCUCAAGGUAUGACAAUAGAUCAUAGGUUUUGGAUAGGUGUUGUUGCGGUCAUAAUUGCGGUUAUCGCAUCUGAUAUUUACGUUUUGCUUCGGCAAUACAGGUGGGAUUGGUUGUCGCUAGUUAUUGACAUUAUUUCAAUUUUACUUGUAUUCUUCUGGACUGGAGUAUGGAGUGCAAGGACCUUUGCUGGUGAAUUUUAUAAGGCCGGAGCCCAAGUCCUAGGGACUUUGGCAUGCUGGUGUUGUAUCUUUAUUGGAUCCGUGGCUUGUCUCUUACCCAGAUAUACGUAUGACUUCUUGAUGUGUAAUUUCUAUCCUAGAGAUGUCGAUAUUAUCCGAGAAAGAGUACGCCAGGGUGUAUAUGAUGAUUACCCUCAAGGUUAUGAUCCCACCAACGUCGAUGACGUCGAAAAACAUAGAUUGAUCACUCGUAUGAUAGACAAUUCUCCUGAGUUAAUGGAAAACAUUGAAGAGCAGAUCGAGAAUAAAGAUCCCGAUGAGCACCACACCACAUUAUCAAGAGCAAUACAAACUAUCAAGAGAAGAGCCACUAUAACCCGCCCCAGAGGUGAUUCUCAUUUAAAAACCAGAAAAGACCUCAUCAAUGAACAAUUUAGGAAGCCGAUGAAUCUCGAAGAAUUGAGAGUUAAUAUGAUUAAAGACGGUGAGUUGAAUUCAAGAUCGUCGCUUGAUAGAGUCAACACCACCCACGAGCUUCCGGGCCUCACGCAAGCGGAAACUUUAAUAUCCUACCACACACGCAACAGUAUCAAUUUCAACAGUUAA